AUAUUUAUAGCAGAGGAACUAUAAAUACCUGCAGAAUGUUUGUGGGUAUUUGUACACUUGGGGAGCCAACUUGCUACACUGGUGGAGAACCAAGCAACAGGCGUCAUUUUGUUUGAGAUGACCUCAAAAGCUGAAGAUGACUUUUAUCAGUCAGAAGAUGACCUGGAUGAAGAUGAGGCAACCCAAUAUUUAAUUGAGCAAAGUCUGAUCCAGUACAGAAAACUUAAAGGACUGAAUCCAAGAGAUCUGAAACCCUGUAAAGACCCUGAUGAGAUAUUCAAAGCAAUCAAACAAGGCGAUGAAAGUACACUCAACCAACUGAUUUUACAACCUGAGAGUCUUUCGAGAGUUGAUGAAAGAGGAUGGAUCCCACUACAUGAAGCUGCUGUGCAGGAGAACAAAAAAAUACUGGAAAUGAUUUUUUCAUCAUCACUUCCAGGAGCAGCUCAAUGUCGCACUUUGAAGGGAGAAACUCCUCUGUUUCUUGCUGUGGUCCAUGGAAUCAGGGAGAACGCAACAUUCCUGUUACAAAAUGGCUGCAGUCCAGACAUCCAGAAUGAUGAACAGGAUUCUCCGUUGGUGGCAGCUAUUCUAAACGACCAGUAUGACUUGGCCACACUUUUGCUGCGUUAUAAUGCAAAAGUAGAUCAAACGGGACCGCUGAACAGGACAGCUCUACAUGAAUCUGCCUUUUUAGGCUUGGAGAACUUUGUUUAUCUGCUGUUAGAGUCGGGAGCCAACCCAAAUGUGCUUGAUGUCAAAAAGAAAACGCCACUGGCUCUGGCAGCACAAAAUGGACACUUGAAUGUAGCAGAGAUUCUGAUACAUAAAGGAGCGUGUGUGCAGUCUGAACCGGAAUCAUAUAGUGUUUUGUUUGAUGCAGCUGCAUCAGGGAACCCUGACAUCAUCUCUCUAUUGCUGGACAGUGGAGCAGAUCCCAACUUCCAUCUGCACAGUGGGCAUCUGCCAAUUCACCGCGUGGCGUACUAUGGUCACAGACUAGCGCUGGAGGUCCUUCUCCCUGUGACUGAGCUGCAGGCUGUGAAAGAGAGUGGGAUGAGUCCUCUUCAUUCUGCUGCUGCGGGGGGGCAUGCACAUUGUGUGGAGACUUUACUCAAAGCUGGUUAUGAUCCAAACUUCAUGCUCCACCCAAGACUACGCCGCAGCUACGAUGACGAUCGCAGGUCUGCCCUGUUUUUCGCAGUGUCAAAUAACGAUCUUCAGUGCACCCGCUUGCUGCUGGAGGCUGGAGCGAUGGUAAACCAAGAUCCUAUCAACUGUCUACAGGUGGCUCUUAGACAGGGCAACUAUGAACUUAUCAACCUUUUGCUGAAAUAUGGGGCAAAUGUCAAUUACUAUUCCCGUGUGAACACCACUCACUUCCCUUCAGCACUUCAAUAUGCCUUAAAGGACAAGGUCAUGCUGAGAAUGAUUCUGAACCAUGGUUACGAUGUGAAGCGCUGCUUUGACUGUCCAUAUGGUGACAAUUCACAUGAAUAUGCUCCUUGGACAACGUCAGUCAUCAAAGACAUGGUGUUUUGUGAAGUGAUAACAGCAUCAUGGUUGAAGCAUUUGUGUGCUCAGGUGGUAUGCACCAUGCUUGACUACACUGACCAUGUUUCAUUCUGCUGUAAACUUGAACAAACCCUGAAGGAGCAGAAACAGUGGCAAGACAUCUGCCACAUUCAACGAAAUGCAAGGAGCCUGAAGCACCUGUGCCGGUUGCGGAUACGGGAGCACCUCACUUUUCUGCGCCUGAAAGCCCCAUGUUUUAUCAACUUCCUUCCUCUUCCUCCAAGGCUGAAAGAUUACCUCCGUUACAAAGAGUUUGAUGUUUAUAGCAGAGGAAGCGUGGUUUAAAUAGUCAAACACAAUUAGAAUAUCACAAACAUUAACAAAAGACUAUGUGUGCGGAAAAUUCCUUUUUAUUGAAUGUUUAAAAGAAAGGUUUUUCAAAUAAACAACCCCUGUCAUUAUUA